CCAGUCGCAUGCGUAGAAAAUGGCGACGAUAGCGUGCCUCUCGCGACGCGUAUCACCGUACGCACGGCACUUCCGCGAUGUCACGCGUGCGUACGCGUCGUGGCGUGCCGACCGCGAUCUCGGGAGGAUCCAGAAGGGCCUCGGAUUGCUGACCGCCGCUUCCGUCACGUUUCUCCUGGCACAGCAAUAUUUACGACCGAAGGUGGUGCACGCCUUGAAACCUCGCAAGAGAGAAGAUGAUCUACAUAAAGCGAUAAAGUUGACAACUAGAGAGAGAAGAUUCAUAAAAUUUGCAUCAGUGGCAUAUGAUGGUCAACUAUACAUGACUCCGCAGGAUUUUCUUGACAGCGUCAUUGAUGCCGAACCUCGACCGAGAUUGAAGAGGCGCGUACUGACCGAUCAAGAGCUUGACAUAAUAAAAAAUUCAACUGCUUCGCUACGUCAUGGGAGCACCCAUAUGUUCCGGAAUUUGCGAGACAAAGGAAUUAUUUCUUACACGGAAUAUCUAUUUCUUCUGUCUAUUCUAACGAAGCCGAAAACUGGUUUCCAAAUCGCUUUCAAUAUGUUUGAUACCGAUGGAAAUGAGAGAGUCGACAAAACCGAAUUUCUUGUAAUUCGUCGUUUACUCGGUGGUAGUCUGAAGGAACGAGAUCUCGAUGAACCAACAAAACGUGCAUUACGUGCCAUAAUUGCUCCGAGCGAAGAGACUCUAGGCAAGGCAAAGCUUCGCGAAGCUCGUCCAAAUAAAUCAAAUGAAAUCGCUUCAAAUUCCUACAUGGAGAAGAUAUUCAGUCACGCAUGGAGAGGUCGCCAUGGAGGCGAAACCAAAGAGGAAUUGGAACAAUUGCAGGAACGCCAGAAAACGCCAGAAGAAAUUCAAGGCCAAUUCAUCGACGAUGAUCAGGGUUUGCAACGACGUCAUGCUGUGGAUACUACCUUGAUGAUACAUUUUUUCGGCAAAGAUGGCACUAACGAAUUAAGAUACGAUGAUUUCAAGCGUUUCAUGGAGAACUUACAACAUGAAGUAUUAGAAUUGGAGUUCCACGAAUUCAGCAAAGGACAUAAUACGAUCAAUGAAUUAGAUUUUGCCAAAAUUUUAUUACGAUAUACGUAUCUCGAACCUGAUGAGUAUGAUAAAUACUUGGACAGAAUGUUAGACCGAGCAGACUUGCAUAUUGGUAUCACGUUUGAAGAAUUCCGGCGCUUCUAUCAAUUUUUAAAUACUCUGGACGAUUUUUCAAUAGCAAUGCGAAUGUAUACAUUGGCUGACCAUCCUAUAUCUAAAGAUGAAUUCCAACGAGCUGUAAAGAUAUGCACUGGAACAAUGCUUUCGACGCAUAUAAUCGAUACAGUUUUUGCAUUAUUCGAUGUGGACGGAGACGGUCAACUCUCUUACAAGGAAUUUAUAGCAAUUAUGAAAGAUCGAUUGCAUCGAGGCUUUAAAUCUCAACAACGCAAUGAGGGAUGGGAAGCAUUCAAGUUCUGUGUGAAACAAGAAAUGAAAGCGCCCUAAGCGAAAAAUCACAAUGGAAUACACAAAAGCGUAAAGUUUCAAGAGAAGAGAUAGAUUCUUUAAACGCUGCAUAUUUGUGAUAACACUAAUCAUUAAAUUAGUUCAUAAUUUUU